AUGGAAAUGAGCAAAUCAAUAAGAGCUAGGGCACAAGAAGAAAAGGCUAAAGGGAAAGAGGGACGUUACCAAAAAAUCACGUUUAUUAACAUACAUGCACCAUCAGAAGAUAAAGUUUUGGACAUAAAGGAAAUUUUUCAUACCGAAUUAAGUGGAGUAUAUAACAAUAUACCUAAGUAUGAUUUGAAAAUUGUAAUGGUAAAUGCAAAUGCAAAGAUUGGUAGAGAGGAAGUUUAUAGACCGACGAUAGAAAUAUAUAAAGGAAUAUCAUGGAAAUCACCUGACGGCAAUGUCGUGAAUGAAAUCGAUAAUGUACUAGUAGAGAUGUACGAGGAAAAAGACAUAAAAAAUAUAAGAACUUACAGAGGGCCAGAUAUAGAUUCAGAUCAUUAUAUACUUGGAAUAAAGCUAGAGCAAAGAAUUCCUCUAGUGAAGCACCAAAAAAGAGAGAAGAAGAAGGCAGUAAAAACCAAAAUUAUGCCCAAUAAAUACAUCCGUAAACAAAGCACACCAAAAAGGGGUUCUUGGUCCCCUAGGGCUUUAAGUGAUGCAGUAGAUGCUGUGAAGAAUGGCGAUAUGGGCAUCAAUGAAGCCGCCAAAGCAUUUGGGAUACCAAAAACAACUUUCAAGCGUCGGUUAAAAGCAAACAACACUGAUAAGAAUGAUCGAUUGGGCCCUGAUUGUUCUUUGGGCUCGAAUGCCGAACUUAAAAUUGUUAAUCACAUCAAGAAACUGCAAAAGGCAGGCUUUUCACCCACCAGAACUGAAGUAAAAAUCAUGGCGUUUAAUUUAGCUCAGCGAAUGGGGAUCCCAAAUAAAUUUAAUCAAAAAGAAGGUAAAGCUGGCCAAAAAUGGUUAGAACUAUUUUUAAAGCGAAGACCUGAAAUUUCAAUCAGGAAAUCGGAAAACACCUCAAUUGCGCGAGCUUUGGGAAUGUCCAGAGAAACCGUUGCCCAUACAACGCACUAUCUCCAGCCUCUCAAUCGUGCCUGUUUUAAAACUCUUAAAAGCAACUUCUACGCUGAAUGCCGUUUUAUGGUUCAAAAUAACCCAAACAGGGUCCUAAAUCGCCUUCAAUUUGGUAAGCUGUUAGGUCGAGCAAAAUCCUCACCUGUUAGCCCUAACAAGUCAUCAAUUCCUGAUGAAGUUAUAACUCCUGGAAAGGCUCUUGAUGAAAUAAUGCCCAUGCCUGUUUUAUCUGCAGCAGUAAAAAGAGUCCGCAAAAAAAUAUCCGGUGAGAUUACAUCUGAAGAAUUUAUUAAAAAUAAGAAAGAUGCACAAAUCAAGAAGAGCUCAAAACCUGUGAAAAAACAAAAAAUAAGAGAAAGCUGA